AUGCAAUAUGAAAAUGUUUCACUUUCUUGUCCCAAUAAUAGACCUUUUGUUGUACGUCUUGGAAUGUACAUGUUCCUUACUGUCUCAAUUACUAUCACCAUUUUCGGUAAUCUGGGUAUCAUCAUUUCCAUCAGUCAUUUUAAGGAACUUCAUUCCCCAACCAAUUUUCUCAUUCUUUCAAUGGCUGCCACAGAUUUCUCACUUGGCCUUAUAAUAAUGCCUUACAGUAUGGUACGAUCUGUGGAAAGAUGCUGGCUUUUUGGAAAACUAUUUUGCAAAAUCCAUUACAGUUUUGAUUUAAUGCUAAGUGUAAUUUCUAUUUUCCAUCUCUGCUGCAUUGCCAUCGAUAGGUUUUAUGCGGUCUGUGAUCCUCUGCGUUACCCCAUUAAAAUAACAAUGGCUGUUAUAAGGAAAAUGGUCUUCCUUUGCUGGUCUUUACCAGCUAUAUUUGCAUUUGGUGUUGUCAUAACCAACUCACAUGUAUCUGGAAUUACUGGAUAUGAGAUGUUAGUUAAAUGUUUUGAUUUUUGUCCAAUCACAUUCAACAAAUUGUGGUCAUUGGUUAUGUUUUUCACAUGUUUUUUUAUUCCCGGUUCAGUUAUGGUUGGAAUUUAUGUGAAAAUAUUUAUAGUAUCUCAAAGGCAUGCAAAGAUUGUGAAACGCACAGCAAACAAGACAGAAACCACCACUCAAAUUUCCAAGCAAAAAGACAGAAAGGCUGCAAAGACAUUGGGCAUUGUGAUGGGGGUUUUCAUUGCGUGUUGGUUACCUGUCUUUAUAACUAUUUUGGUAGACCCAUUUCUCAACUUUUCUACUCCUGAAAUCCUAUUUGAUGCUCUCAACUGGCUUGGAUAUAUUAAUUCAACAUGUAAUCCAUUAAUAUAUGGAUUUUUCUAUCCAUGGUUUCGAAAAGCAUUACGAUAUAUUAUUUUUGGUAAAAUAUUUGAAACUGAUUCUUGUCUAGCAACAUUAUCGUAA